AGUGCAUGGUCUGACGAGUGCGGUUGCUGACAUGGGUUUCUUGUUGGUGGAAGGAACAUAUUUUACAGCUGAUGAUUAGAAGCUUGAUGAAAAUCUGCAGGAACAUUUGCAAGAAGAGUUAGACUUUGGUUUAAAACAUUUUCACAACAACGUUUAGCCAUUUGGAUGAAGCCAGAAGGCAAAGCUGCCAUGUCUGUUCAGCAGAGGAGGCUGAGAAGGAUGACAGAUGGAAAGUCACAUCAGGACUCAAGAUAAUCUCAUGGGAUCAUCAUGGCUUUUUUAUGGCUUCUAAAUUAUGUAUCAAAACAAAUGUAAUAGGGUAAACGUCACCUAUACCUGGGUUAGAAAAGGCUGCUCUAUCAGUAGGAAGCAUAGGGAAGACCUGAACUGGUUUUAGGUGAUGACAAGUUCAGUAUAAGCAGUGGGAAGCUGCCGCAGUAGGAAGACAGUGUAAUUCGAGCAUGCUUCAGUCGGGGUUGAGGAUUUCUACAGUGGCUGGCCGCAUCAGACCCCAUCUGAAGUAGUGUGCCCGAGAAAAGCUAUCCGGACAUCAAGAGGCCUUUCAGCAAUACUGAUCUAGGGAACCACUGAAGAAAGGGAGGAUUUUUGACUUGCAAAGUAGAUUACAGAGAGAGCGUGUAAAGAUUUCCAAAUAAAUAUCUGGCUGUCAAUGGCAGUUUCUCAAAAAGAUCAAAGUAGAUGCUCCAGGGAAGGGAGACGCUAAGCACAGACAGUCCCCAGGGUGAUGCGUUUCCCUGGAAGCCGGACUGGACCCCAGGGCUCCAAUGCAGGUGGAGGGGUUGGGCUUCGCCAAAAGAGAUUCUGGGAAACUCCAGGACUUCCAGGAGUCCCGAGGGCUCACACACGCGCCCGGGGACGGCCCAGGCAGAGAGGGGGCGCCGUGUCUCCUGGCGCCUUUCGGCCACCGUGCGCCGCCGUCCCUGGGUCCCCAGACCCUGGGCGCCCAGCCCGCGCGGGACACACCCAGGCGCUGCCUCCCAGGGGCUGCCGCGUCCUUGCUGAACUCGGAACUCGCUGGCCGGCGACGCCAGCGUUGGAAUCGCCCCAGGGCCUGGGUGUGGCCUCGCGAGGCCGGCACGCGCCCGGGACCGAGGAAUCCGCCUACCCACCCAGGCGUUGGCCACGAGAGAGCGGGACCCUCACUGGUCCCCAUUUCAGGUACUCCCUUGGGGCACCUUUCGUGGUCCCACAAGAUUUCCCAACUCUCCAGCUUUGCACCGGCCUCCAUAUUUUCCCGCGCGUCUCGACCCCCGGGUCCUCCUGUGCCCCGGACCUGCUCAGAUGUCUCCCAAGGCUAUUUAUCAGGGAGCACCCCAAUCCCGGCCCGCUCCGCCCGAUGCCCGCGGCCCCUCACCUGUAGAAGGCCGCGUUGACCCUCUUUUCGCUGGGGAAGCCCAGCAUCCCGCAGACCACGUGGCUGUUGUGGGCGCUCCAGCCUUUGUCGCACACUUGCGACCAGCCGUCAGGAAGCCUGACUUCCACCAGCCCCUCCGUCACGGGCAGGGGUCGUCUGCCCCACCCAACUGCGGGUCGAAU